AUGGACAAGAACAAAAAGCUCCUCAGCUCAUUAACUCCUCAGCUCAUCAUAAAGACAUACCAACAGCAGAAAUUUAUCUGUACUGCCAACAUUUCUAUGUACCUGAUUGAAUGGCUUGUCUUUGAAAACCGAUUUUCUUUGAACAACAGUCAAUGUGCACUAUGUCUGGUUCUGACGAAAGUACUAUUUAAAAGAACCUUACAUCUCUAUAUGGAUCAUUAUAAGUUCAGAAGUUACAUGGACAACUCACAGAAAUCUAAUUCCCCAGUAUCAUCGAUUGCCAAACUUCAUGAAUUUGAUAUGGCAAAUGUUGUAAACCUGAAAUACUCACCCUUAUCUACCAAGCCAAAGACCCACAACAUGACCCAUUUGACAGAAGAUAUCAGACGAUUUGGAUCUGCCCUGAACUUUGAGACAGAAAAAGACAAACAGUUCAACAAAAUUGCAGAAUUUAUCAAGCCCAACAAUAAUAAAGAUAAAACUUUCUGCAACCUAUUUCUUGGAGGAUCUCAAGUGCUUGCAGACAACAAUGACACCGGCAACAUAACUACUUUAAAAGAUAAUUCCUUUGCCGCUUUUGUUAUCAAGAACAGUAUUGGCACGACUCCCAGCAUUGGACUGAUCUCUGGCUCAAUGGUUACUUUUCUUCAGCCCACUGCUUGCACGAGUGAGGAGAUGAAAAAUAACUACCUUAAAUUAGAAAUGACUGAUGACUGUAUGCCUCUCGAUUCUCUCAAGCCUCUGUGUAAGAUUGCUUUAAUGAAGGUUAAUGAUACUAUUUACAUGGUUAACUUGAGUAAAUUUAGUUCAUAUUGGUUCUACCUGCAGCAUGGAUUAGCAUAG